UCCAACCAUUCCCCUCUCGUAUUUCGCUUCCUCUUUCCCUCUUCCUUCUCCCCUACCUGUUUCCUUUUUCCCGCCUCAUUUUUUCCUCCCGGAUUCGCCCUGAAUCCCACCUUAUCAUAUCCCUCCCGGCUGUUCGGUCUUCUAGCCAACCACCGUCACAGAUAGCCCAAGAGCUUCCAUUCAAAUGUCAGGUCUCUUCGGCUCCGUCGGCGCCGCGUCGACGACAGCCGGUCAGACGAACACCACCGGCGACAUCUCCAAAGACGUUGCCCUCAACACGCCUCCCGAUGACAGCAUCUCCGACCUCCGAUUUUCCCCCGCCAGUGAUCACCUCGCCGUCGCCUCGUGGGAUAAGAAAGUUCGCAUCUAUGAAAUCAACGACCAAGGUCAGAGUGAAGGGAAGGCGCUGUUCGAGCAUGAGGCUCCUGUUCUCAACUGUUGUUGGUCUCCGGAUGGCACAAAGGUGGUAGGAGUUGGCGCCGACAAGGCCGCCCGCAUGCUCGACCUCGGCGCCGGCGCGACCGCGCCCGUCCAGGUCGCCGCUCACGAUGCCCCGAUCAGAUGCUGCGACAUGAUCCCCAACCCGGCCGGAAACAGCCCCCUUCUCAUCACCGGCUCGUGGGACAAGACGGUCAAGUACUGGGAUCUGCGACAGUCGACCCCCAUCGCGACGGUAGAAUGCCAGGAGCGCGUGUACACCAUGGACGUGAAGAACAAAUUGUUAGUGGUCGGAACCGCGGACCGAUACAUCAACAUCAUCAACCUCGAUAACCCGACCAAAUUCUACAAGACCAUGCAGUCCCCCCUCAAGUGGCAGACGCGGGUAGUCAGCUGCUUCGCUGAUGCCACGGGCUUUGCCGUCGGCAGCAUCGAGGGCCGCUGUGCGAUCCAAUACGUCGAGGAGAAAGAUUCCAGCUCGAAUUUCAGCUUCAAAUGCCACCGCGAGACCCCCGCAAACCAACGCGACAUCAACAACAUCUACUCUGUCAACGCCAUCUCCUUCCACCCCGUCCACGGCACCUUCAGCACAUCCGGCAGCGACGGCACCUUCCACUUCUGGGACAAGGACGCGAAGCACCGCCUGAAGGGUUAUCCCUCCGUCGGAGACACCAUCUCCGCCACCGCCUUCAACCGCACCGGCAGCAUCUUCGCCUACGCCGUGAGCUACGACUGGAGCAAGGGCUACUCCGCCAACACCCCGCAACUGCCCAACAAGGUAAUGCUCCACCCUGUGGCCCAGGAGGAAGUGAAGCCCCGACCAGGCACCCGAAAGAGGUAGAUUACGAUCCAAGCAGACGGGGAUAUCAAAAACUGGCGCAGAAAUGGACGGUAUGGGCUUUGUGACGGGGGAAGCUUUUCACCCAAUUUCAACACGAAUUUGACAAAUUAUGAGAACGGUCUUUCUAAAGUGGACAAGAUGGGACUUCCACUCUACUUCACCGUGCCCACCGUGAAUGGGGGCUUCCUUCUCAUAGUCUUGUCUUUUGUAAUACAUAUUAUCUAUCACCUUGGGAAUGCAUAUGAGCGAAUUCGUUUGAAACCGGAGUCUCUUAUGUUUCUGCAAGCCUAUGGAUGGGAACGAAGAGGGGGAAAUGCUGGGAAUGAUGGAUGUUUCUUCAAGUUAGAACAAAUACUUGGAACACGGCUUGUCUGAGAGAAAUUUCCAGCAGAUUUUAGUUAUAGCUAGUUAUCAAUAGAGAAACG